AUGACUGCAUCUGACUUCCAUAGGACUUUCCGGGUUAUCUCGGGAAGAAAGGUUGGAAAGCCUGUCUAUAAUAAGACCAAGAUUAUGGAUUAUGGACCAAUCCAAGAUGGCAGACGAAUUACGGAAUUGGGAAAGGGAAUAAAGCGCGAACGUCAAUGUUCACUGUACUUUGAAGCUCUGAACUUUUUCUCUUGGCCGGAACUUCAUUCGUCGAGUCAAUCUAAGUACAGCCGUUGCAAGGCGGGUGGGGGGAUGUGUGAUUUAGUUCAGGGAUUCAUCAAUGGAACGAAAGACGGUCCAGCACGCAGCACUUGGGGACGUUCCUUCAUACGCGAUCAACCUAGAUAUCAUCCAUUCAUUUUAAUAUUAAAACAUUCGCGAAACAAGAAUGGUAUGAUGGGUCGCCGCCGGCAUGUAUCUGGCGAGCAGAGUUCACAGAGCAUCGUGCCGAGUUUCUUUCUUUGCGCCUCCAGCCGCUAUUUCUUGAGCGAUGGCGCAAUCGUUGGCGACCUUCCACUCUCGCUUCGUGAACUAAGUCUCGUUUUAGCUCUGCAGGAGUGGCUGGCAAAGCAGCUCGCCAGAUCAACCGACAUAUCCUGUCGGCAGAACUGCCGCGCCCAUCCAUCCUCCGCAGCCGUCCAAUGGCAAGCCUAUGCGAGUACCUAUCUCUCCAGGUUAGAUUUCGCGCCGAUCAUUAAGCGAACUUCAACUUCGCCCUACAGGCUACAGGCGACGUGGUAUCUUGCUACAAACCCUUCCCCAUAUCCCGCCGCCGAACGGCAUACUUUAGUUUCUCCAUGCAAGUUUGGUGUGGCCGCAAGCGACUUGAACUUUCUUCCGAACGAAUCGUCGCAGCCAACUUUUCAGCCAUCUUCGCAAAUCGCCAUGGAGGUGAGAACCUGCGGCCGUUGUUAUGCCGAUUCGUUCCUACACAUGGUUGGAGGCAAGCUGGUAACGUUAACCGUCAUGUUUGAGGUACCACAAACCGAUCCGCUGAAUGGCCACGCGCUGUUCCUUUCUCACGGGUCAGAGUGGAUUGUCAAGCUUUCGAAUCAUCUUUGGGCCCUUGUAGGGGAUCCGUCGUCAAGAAGAACCAAUACAAGGCAACAGCAGCAAAGUUCUGGCAGACCAGACCUAGCAAGCCGCGAGGGUCGAAAACCCAUCCCUGUCGUAUCCGCCGAUGACGCUAGUCUGCUAAUGAAACGGCGGUCAUACAUAUCAGCUCCUGAACGCCAAAGACAAUAA